AUGGCUGAAAUAAUAUGCUCAACAUCAGCAAAUACCUUAUCUGAACCUUUUUGCGAUGAAAUUAUUAAAACACUUACGUAGAAAAAAGCUCGAGGUGGUGGUACAGCUUGUUGUGUCCCUGGUUGUGGCAAUAGACAAUAGUACAAGAUGAAAUCCAUCCUUGUCUUUUCACAGAUUCCCUAAAGACCAAACGUUAAGAAAUACAUGGAUAGAUAGGACUGGACGGAGCGAAUUCACGCCAAACGACGAUCAUCAUGUGUGUUCGGAACAUUUCCUUGAUGGUAAAAAGACCUACUUAAACAACAUACCAACCCAUGAUCAAACGCCAAACCUGCUUGAUCAAAGAACAGUUCUCGCAGAACUAAGCAAGAACACAAACCAAAUUAACAUUGCAAUUGAAGUGGAUAAAGUCAACGAAGUACAAUCAACACAGCAGCAAAAAAAUGUCAAGCUAAUUGAGGAGAAUAUUCAGGAUAGACUACAACGUCUAGAAGAUGAGUUGGCCAACUUGAAAGAAAAGCAUCAGUAUGAAAGGGAUACCACUUCACUUAAAGCAAAUCAUUCUCAAUUGACCGUUAUAAAAGCUCUGCGAUACUCACUUUGA